AUGGAGCUCGAAAAGGGUGGUACAGAACAGCUUGAAGGUUAUGUCGCGCAUGUGCGGGUGAGUUGUGUGGGACCCGCCCUCGCAACGACUGGCGCGCCUCUCCGUUACUGCUCGAGCUGCGUCUACCCCGCCAGCUCCCACUCCUCCUUCAACAACACCAAAGCUGCCUCUCCGAGCAAGAAGACUACAUACCCGCCAGCCUCAACGCUGACGCUUCCACGUAGUAGUCCACCACCAACGAAGCUGUCGGCCGCAGCCAAGGCAGGCAUGGCCACCCACGCAGACCCCAUCAGCGCCCUCUCAAAGCCCAAUGUCGGUGUCUUCACUGAUCCUGAACAUAAGCUAUGGGUGUCCGAGUCGGGCCCAAGUCUAGAUGAGGUGAAGAGUGGGGCGAGCCUGAAAGAGGGCGAAGUCACUGUUGGCAUCAAAUCGACAGGCAUUUGCGGAUCCGACAUCCACUUCUGGAAAGCCGGCGCAAUCGGCCCCAUGAUUGUCGAGAACAACCACAUUCUCGGUCACGAAUCCGCCGGCGUAAUCCUCGCCAAACAUCCCUCUGUCACCAAACUCGACAUCGGCGACCGCGUCGCUAUCGAGCCCGACCUGAUUUGCUACAACUGCGAACCCUGCCUUACAGGCCGCUAUAACGGCUGCCUCAACAUGCGCUUCCUCUCAACGCCCCCCGUCGACGGCCUCCUCCGCCGCUACGUAAACCACCCUGCCGUCUGGUGCCAUAAAAUUGGUGACAUGUCCUUCGAGAACGGCGCGAUGCUUGAACCGCUAUCCGUAGCGCUCGCCGGCAUCGCGAGGGCGCAAAUUGCCCUCGGUGACCCAGUGCUGAUCUGCGGUGCUGGCCCAAUCGGGCUAAUCACACUUCAGUGUGUGGCAGCCGCGGGGGCCGAACCCAUCGUCAUCACCGACAUCGAAGAAAGCAGACUCGAAGUCGCGCGGCAGCUCUGCCCCCGUGUCCGCGGCGUCAAAGUCGCCCCUGGCGCCUCGGUCGAGGAGGCCGCGAAAACUAUCACGGACGCCGCUGGCUUGCAGCCGAAGGUCGCGCUUGAGUGCACGGGCGUCGAGUCUAGCGUUAAUGCUGCCAUCUACUCUGUGAAGUUCGGGGGGAAGGUGUUUGUGAUUGGGGUGGGGAAACCGAAUAUGAGUGUGCCGUUUAUGAGGUUGAGUACGCAGGAGAUAGAUCUGCAGUUUCAAUACCGGUAUGCGAAUACGUGGCCCAGAGCUAUUAGGCUGCUUGAGAGUGGGGUGCUGGAUUUGGGGAAGUUGGUCACGCAUAGGUUUGAUCUUGAGGAUGCGGUGAAGGCGUUUGAGACCGCGGCGGAUGUGAAGAGUGGGGCUAUCAAGGUGCAGAUACAGAGUGAGGUUGAUAGUACGGCUUGGUAG